AUGACCCUGAAUGUGCAGUCACGUGGACAUCCGACGAACCAAUCAGUGACGUCACGAUGCAAAUCCUUUCUUUCUUCAUUUCCUUUUUUUCUUUCUUCAGUUCCUUUCUUUCUUUUUUCUUUUAGCUUUUCUUUCUGUCUUCAGUUUUUUCUUUCUUUCUCCAAUUUCUUUCUUUCUUUCUUCGGUUCCUUUCUUUCUUUCUUUCGUUCUUUUAACCUUUCUUUCUUUCUUUCCUUCUUUCUUCAGUUCUUUUAUUUUCGUUUAGCCUUUCUUUCUUUCUUUCUUUCUUUCUAUCUUCAGACCCUUUUUUUCUUUCUAUUAGCCUUUCUUUCUUCCUUUAUUUCGUUCUUUUCUUUGUUUCUUUCUUUUAGCCUUUCUUUCUUUCCUUCUUUCUUUCUUCAGUUCUUUUAUUUUCGUUUAGCUUUUCUUUCCUUCUUUCUUUCUUCAGUUCCUUUUUUCUUUCUUUUGGCCUUCCUUCCUUUCCUUCUUUCUUUCUUUUUUCUUUCUUUCUUUCUUCAGUUCCUUUUUUCUUUUCUUCUUUCAUUCUUUCUUCAGUUCCUUUUUUUUCUUUCUUUUAGCCUUUCUUUCCUCUUUCUUCAGUUCUUUCUUUCUAUUAGACUUUCUCUCUUCCUCUCUUCAGUUCUUUUCUUUUCUUUCUUUUUCCUGUUCGAAGUUUGUUUUAAAAAUAUUUACAUUUAA